UGAGGCUUGCCUCUACAGUACAGUCUUCAGCCAUUCUCUAUUCUGUGCGGGAUAAUAAAAAGAGGGAGAUGGUUGUUCUUCACAUCCCAAGGUUCCCUUUUCCCAUUUUAACCUCAACUCCUUCACUCUCUCUUCUUGCUUCUAGAAAUAUCUUUUUAUAUGCACCAAAAUCCACUCUCACCACCUCAGAGUCAGAACCCAUUACCAUAACCCCUUUCCCCCCUGUAGAGUUGUCCCUCGAGAAGCUCUUUGUUCCACCGGAGACUCAAGUAUCUCUCGACAGUGCCAGAAUCUUGAAAGGUUCCAACAUAUUGCUGAGUAACUACGCCACUGAUGCUCAGGUCUCGCAAGCCGAUUUUGUCAAAAGCAGCGUGAGAACCGAAGAUUGCCCCUCCGAUGGCCUCCCUGAGUUCGCUCUCGUUGGACGCUCCAACGUCGGCAAAUCAUCGCUCCUCAAUUCCCUCGUGCGCCGCAAGAAGCUCGCCUUAACUUCAAAGAAACCUGGCAAGACACAAUGCAUUAACCAUUUUCGGAUUAAUGAUAGCUGGUAUCUGGUUGAUUUGCCUGGAUAUGGGUAUGCAGCAGCGCCGCAGGAGCUUAGAGUAGAUUGGGGAAAAUUCACAAAGGACUAUUUCCUUAACCGGUCAACCUUAGUUUCGGUUUUCCUUCUAAUAGAUGCUAGCAUUCCUGCUAAAAAAAUUGAUCUUGAUUAUGCCAGUUGGUUGGGUCAGAAUCAGAUCCCAAUGACAUUAAUCUUCACCAAAUGUGACAAGCGGAAGAAGAAGAAAAAUGGAGGCAAGAGACCAGAAGAAAAUGUUAAUGAUUUUCAGGACUUGAUACGUGGCUUCUUCCAAACAGUGCCUCCUUGGAUCAUGACCAGUAGUGUCACCAAUCAGGGUCGUGAUGAGAUACUCCUGCAUAUGGCCCAGCUCCGGAACUACUGGCUCAAGCACUAGUUUCGAGAAACAUGGCAUCCCGUUGUUAGACUAUCCUAAAUAGCAUGCACCCUGCAUAUACACACCCCUGCAAGGAGAGCGGCCGGAAAGCAACAUCCAUGUUAAAAACUUUUAGCAUUUUUCUCUUUGGACGACAGUGACAAGAAUUAGAUAUCAGAUAUCAUUCGUUAAUUUAUG